GCUUAAAUCAGCUCGUGCAGUCCGUGGAGAGAAGUUGACUGGAGUAAAGAUCUGAGACAGGACGAGUGUAACAGCGCGCAGUGUCCUAACCAGCGUCCUGAACUCAUUUAAAUAUGACAGCAGACUGACAGCUUUUAGCAUUCAGUAAACAUCAGUGCGCCGACCAUAGAGACUCUGAAGACACUUCUGUGUUCAUUUAUCUCUAGUUUUAUUUUUAUCCCGGGAUAAAGUUCGCCAUGACGUCGCGCGAGGACGCACAGGAGCAGAACCGGCGCUUCUGCGUCUUGUCGUGGGAGCAGGUGCAGCGUCUGGACUCCAUCCUUGGGGAAAGUGUACCGAUACACGGACGAGGCAAUUUCCCAACACUGUCAAUCUCCCCACGCCAGAUCGUGCAGGUGGUAAGGGCCAGACUGGAGGAUCAAGGUGUGGUCGUCCGUGAUGUCAAACUGAAUGGUUCAGCUGCAAGCUAUGUGCUUUACAAGGACACCGGGUUAGGAUACAAGGACCUGGAUCUGAUCUUUGGCCUGAGUUUGAGUGACGACAGGACGUUUGAUGUGGUAAAGGAGGUGGUCCUGGCCAGCCUGCUGAACUUCCUGCCAGCUGGAGUGAACCGUGAGCGGCUCAGUGCUCUUGCCCUCAAAGAGGCAUAUGUGCAGAAGCUGGUCAAAGUGCGCACUGACACAGACUGCUGGAGCCUCAUCUCUCUUUCCAACAAUACCGGCAAGAAUGUAGAGUUGAAGUUUGUUGACACGCUACGGCGCCAGUUCGAGUUCAGCGUGGACUCAUUUCAGAUCGGUCUCGACUCGCUGCUGCUGUUUGACCGCUGCUCUGAGGCACCUAUGUCAGAGAGCUUUCACCCAACUGUGAUUGGUGAGAGCAUGUAUGGUGACUUUGAGGAAGCUCUGGAUCACCUGCGUUCCAAGAUUAUCGCUACACACAGUCCCGAGGAGAUCCGUGGUGGAGGUUUGCUGAAAUACUGCCACCUGCUGGUGAGUGGCUUCAGGCCAGCGUCGGAGGAGCACAUGAAAACGCUACAGCGCUACAUGUGCUCACGUUUCUUCAUCGACUUCCCAGAUGUAGGUGAGCAACGAAGAAAACUCGAGGCGUACCUUCAAAACCACUUUGCUGGCAUGGAACACAAACGCUACGAGUGCCUGGUGACCCUGAGGAACGUUGUUGAUGAAAGCACCGUAUGCCUGAUGGGUCACGAGCGGCGGCAGACCCUGGCACUCAUCUCAGCACUGGCGCUGCGCACACUCACCGAACAGAACGCCAUCCCUGCGCUCCCUAACGUUACCUGCUACUACCAACCGGCUCCGUACGUGCACGAUGGGAACUUUAGCAACUACUAUGUGGCUCAAGUGCACUCACCUGCACACACUUAUCGGACAUGGCUGCCCUGCAGCUGAAUUCCAAGAAGAGGCAGACGGCUUCAACUUUUAAGUUCUGAGCUGUGUGUAUGAGUGUAUGCCUUUCCAUACACAUCAUGCUCGAGAGAAGAAGAAAAAAAGGGGGAAAUAUUUGUGAUUAUACCUUUUUUUUUUUUACUUAAUUUUUUGUGUACUGUCUCCCAUCUCCACAAAAAUAAUGAACACUGCUGUAGCCAAUAAACAGGUUUGAGCCAUUCUGUUUUGUUUUACGCCAUACUAGUUAUGAAAACUUUCAAAAGUAUGAGGGAAAUGAGAAAAAACAAAUUCUGAAGCAGUACUCAUCCAUUUUUUUGAAAUGUAUAUAGUUUGUUUCUGUAUGUAUAUACAAUAAAAGUUUAUAACUUAAAAAAGUCCCAAUCAUUCUGCAGAAAAAAACAAUCUGACAAGACUUUACAAGAGUGUGCAGGAAGAUAAUGUUCAGGUCUGACUAGGGUUUUUUUAAACUUCUUCCUUAUUUGAAUUUGUGACAACCAAAGAUUUUAUUUUGAGGCUCCCUGUAUUGUAUCUGUGAUUGUGACUAAAGUGCCUGAAACUGACUACAAAACACAAAAGUAUGUAACAGUUUUAUCCUUUGUGAUAUUGUACAGUGUAUUUUAAUUUUCAGCAUCAGGGCAUUUUCUUAUUAAAUAUUGAAUAAAAAAACAAAUUAAA